CAAGGUGUGGCCUCGGGCCACUUAGGGGCCCCAGCAGAGUUCUGCUUCUAGCAGGGGAGCUGCGGGCGUCUUAUAGAGCCAGAGCAGGAGCCCAAACCUCCCAGCAGGACCUCCCUGCCACCCUGCGGCUGCCCCUCCAAGCUGAGCAAGAGGCCAAGUCAAGGGCCCAGAGGAGCCGUUGGUCCUCCAUUCCCCCAUCCCUCCCUGCCCCUGGGGCUCAGGACUCCCAGACGUGAACAGGGAACCCCCUUCCAACCUCACCCCCACCCCCAGCCCCUGCCCAGAGCGGCAGUCGUCCCACCCCCAGCUCCCAGGCCAGGCUGCCAGCGAGGCGCUGCUCCCCGCCCUGGCUGCCCUCCGACGACACCUCGGCAUGGGGCCCAGCGCAAUCCGCAGCUUCCGGCUGGAGCUGAGGCCGGGCAUCUAUCACGGUGGGGAGCUGCUGAGAGGCCUCUUGGUGCUGGAGCUGAGCCGACCCCAGCGGGUGAAGGGCCUGGACGUGGCCGCCAGGGGGGCCGCCUUCGUGCACUGGCUGGAUAGUCGCAGCGUGGGUGUGAACGCAGUGUACCACGACUACUCAGCCUACCAGAGCUUCCUCCGAAGGCGAAGACAGCUGCUUCCCCGAGACUCUGGGGACACUACUACCUUACAGCCCGGGAGGCACGAGUUUCCCUUCAGCUUCCAGUUGCCCACGACUUUGGUGACCUCAUUUGAAGGGAAGCAUGGGAGUGUUCGAUACUGUGUGAAAGCUAAACUCCAUAGACCCUGGGGCACAGCCAAGCGGGCCAAAAAAGAGUUCACCGUCAUUGAGCCCAUCGACAUCAAUACUCCUGCCCUGCUGGCACCUCAGGCAGGUGUGAAAGAGAAGAUGGCCCGGGCCUGGUACUGCAAUCGAGGCCCAGUUUCCAUUACAGCCAAGAUUGAGAGGAAAGGUUAUACCCCAGGCGAGGUCAUCCCCGUCUUUGCUGAGAUAGACAAUGGCACCAGCCGCCCCGUUGUGCCCAAGGCCGCCAUUAUCCAGACCCAGACCUUUGUUGCCCGGGGAUCCCGGAAGGAGAAGAGAUCUGUGGUGGCAAGCAUCGUGGGGGAUCCUGUCCCGGCAGGGAAACGGGAGCUAUGGCAGGGGCGGGCCCUGAAGAUUCCCCCUGUGGGACCUUCCAUCCUGCAGUGCCGGAUCCUUCACGUGGAUUAUUCUCUAAAGGUCUGUGUGGAUAUCCCAGGCACGUCCAAAUUGCUCCUAGAGCUGCCCCUUGUCAUCGGGACCAUCCCCCUGCAUCCCUUUGGCAGCCGGACAUCCAGUGUGGGCAGCCAGUUCAGCAUCAGCCUAGACUGGCUGCAUAUGACCCUCCCGGAGCAGCCGGAAGCGCCCCCAGAGUACUCAGAAGUGGUAUCUGAGGAGCCGGGGUCAGGCCUCUCGCCUCCACCCCAAGAGGCCGGGAGCAGCCGGGCCCUGGAGGGCCCCUUCUUUGCCUACAUCCAGGAGUUCCGAUACCGUCCGCCUCCCCUGUACUCUGAGGUGGAUCCUAACCCUCCCGUGCAGACCAUGAGGCGGCGAUGCAUGACAUGUUGAGGCCUAGAGGCAGUGGCUUGAUUCUGACCAGAACCAGCUCCUGGGAUUCAGUAAAGGCUCCUGGCUGGAGUGAAGCCAAGGAGCCCCGCUGGACCGCCUGGCAGGAGAGCAGGCGGCUUCCUGGGCCUUUGGAGCAAGGGGCAAGGCUCAGCAUGACUUUAGGGCGCAGCUGCCGAGUUCCCCCCUUUUCUCUGGCCCCAGAUUCCUUUUGGGUGAGGAUGGUCCCUGAUGCGAGGCCGUUGUGUCCGUUCUGGAAGCAGCUCUGAACUUGUUCUUCGACCUGGAAUUGAGAGCUCGGCUCUGCCCACAGCUUUGGUCUGAGGACUUGCAGGGAUGAAGCGCACUGGGCCCAAAGAGGAGCCAAUAAGGCUGAGACUCUGCCUCACUGUCCCCUGGAUGGAUUCGAUGGGCCGGGGCAGCAGGGGUUUGGGACACUGUUCCCACUCUUCCCCUGGAUCUCGCAGGGAGCUGGGCCUGGGGAGGAGAGAUGGAAUGAGGAGUUAAUGUGAAGGGGUGGUCCGUGGAUGCUAAACAGGACAGCCCCUCUGCAGCUGGUGCUGAUGCCAGAGGGACCAAGGGGGCUGCUGGUCCAGGGGGGCCUCCCCUUCCGGGGCCUGGCCCACCACCGUGCUCUUACUCACCCAGGGAAGGAGCAAGCGUUUGCUUGGCCUUGGCCGAGAACAGGAAUUCAUCCACACUGUGGUUUUGAUAAAAAUCAAAGAGCAUUCAAGAGAAGCUCCUUUUUUUGUACAGGUUUUUGUUUAAAAAUAAAUAAUAAAAGUGAGUCUGUGCUUUCUAUCUACCAAA